UUGACGUUUAUAGUACACGUCAAUCUUGAUACAAAAUACCAAGUUUUGUAAAUACAUAUUUUCUAUUUUUUUCAAAGUUAUAAAGGCAUAUUUAACCGUGGCAGCGUAUAAAAUGAGGAGGGCCCACGCAGGUAACUAUUACGAGCCAUUGCCACAAACUUCCAACGAAAUCGAAGAUGAAAAUGAUAGAAUGACUAAUGAUCUGCAAGAAAAGAUUGGUGUCCUAAAAUCGUUGACUAUAGACAUUGGAAACGAAGUUAAAUACCAGGACAGACUUCUCAGAGAUGUGGAUGAUGAUAUAGAUAAGACAGGAGGAUUCUUGGGCACAACCAUGUCAAGAGUACUGAGAUUAUCCAAAGGUUCCCAUAAUUACCUCAUCCUAUAUUUAUUUGUGUUUUCAGUAAUUGUAUUUUUUGUUCUGUACCUGGUUAUUAAGUUUAGGUAGAUGUUGUAUAGUUUCUAUCACUGUAUAAUUAUGUAUUGGGCUGUAAUGUAUGUAUUAUGGGACAUGUUUGUAGAAAAAUCUAUUGGAUUUAUAUAAUUUCAAGGAGUAACUAUAAUAGACCAUUUGUUGAGUGUAUUUGUCUUUAAUGACCACUUUUAUAUAAAUUAUUUUAUGAUCUGUAUGUAUACUUUUGGGGCACUUCAUUUGGGA